AUGGUCCGAGAAGGCAACGUGACUGGCAACGCCAGGUAUGAGGGCUUCUGCAUCGACCUCCUUAAGUGGGUGGCCACCGAAGUGGGCUUCCAAUACGCCAUCCGCCUCGUCCCGGACCACAAGUAUGGGGUAUACGACCCGGAGACCAAGCAGUGGAAUGGCAUAGUUCGGGAGCUGAUAGAGAAAGUGAGUACCGAACCCUUCGCUAUCUAG